GAUGAGAACAAGCCAGAUGAGUGUUCAGUCUGCUUUAACAAUUAUGAUGGAGACCUACGGCCUCGCUGUCUUCCGUGUGGGCACACAUUCUGCUCCCAGUGUGUUGACAGCGGUAUCAAGAAUGGUCAGCUGACCUGCCCCAACUGUCGUGCCCAGCACAUUGCCACAGCUGCUGCUCAAUAUCCCAUCAAUUAUGGUAUGGAGGCUUUUAUUAGAAGACUUAAAGGUUCCCUGUUGGUGUCAGGGGACACAGUUGCAGCAAAUCCUUAUAACGCUCUCACAAGAGGCAUCAGCAAGAAGUUACGGUCUCUGGUGGAAGAGCAGAAGAGCAGCAUCAGCAGCCUCAUUACCAGUUGUGAAGAGGUACUGUCCCAGCUGGUUGAGUACCGGGACCAGCUGGGGGACUGGAAGACUCACCACCUUCAACUCCAGGACAGACUCUAUGGUCUGGUAGAGAAGAACAAGGCAGCCAUGAAGCUCGUGGAGCAGGAGGAUACUUGUGUGGUGGACAUGACAACACAAGGAGAGAAAGGGAAGUCUCAGCUGGAGGCCAUGUUGGGGAGCCUCGACACAGUGAAAACAGCCCAGGAGGCCGUCACAACUAUAGACACGGCUGAUCAGUGCCACGUGGAGGUAGAAGAUUGGCUCCAGAAGUGCCAGGAACUCUUCCCAGAUGUCAACACUGUCCACACCUCAGUGAAGGUGCAGGAGACCAUCACGGAAGCCCUGGAGAUGGUGACCACAGAGGCAGGUGUCACCGUCCAUCUCGAAGACUCAGCCUCCACCAUUAUUGAGAAGGUUCAGAAAAUGACUGAAGGAGUUUCUCUGACACAAGAUGAGAGAACCCAUGAGGAGGCUGGCCGGGUUUUUGCUGUCCAGGAAGACCAAGAUGACUGCCGCUUUGCCAGGAUAACUUUCCAAGAUGGACAGCUGUACCUCCACCCACUCCUGCAUCAUCCCACACCCACCCACGCCCACACCCUCCAGGAGAGUGAGGUUGUGGGCAUGCUUGACUCCUCCUGCACCCUGGCGUUCCUUGACCUCGGGUGGGCGGGAUCAACAAAAGGGCGGGUCACCAUCCGGCUGACUCCUGACACUCCGCUGGCCAAACAGUUUGUGUUGUUGUGUACGGGCCAGCGGGGCCCCAGCUACCUCAACACUAAACUGUUGUGGGUGAGGGCCAAGGGUCGUCCGAGGGAGUGUGUGUAUGGUGGUGACUAUGAGAGUAAUGAUGGUCGUGGAGGAGCCCCACUGCUGCCUCACAUGGAGGGUCAGUAUCCCGAGUCAGGCCGGGCAGGAGCUGUGUGUUGCAGGUGGCUGGGGAGUGUCAGGAGUGCCCAAUUCGCCAUCACCACCAAGGACCGCCAGGAUGGUCACCAGUACUCAGGUGUCUUCGGUGAGGUGGUGAGUGGUCUGGAUGUGGUGAGGGCAGCAGUCAACCAUAGUGACGUCACGGAGGUGACUGUUGUGGACUGUGGUGUUGUGCUGCCACUCUAA